GUCGCAGAGAGUCGGAUGCGACUGAGAGCCUGUACGCAGGCGGGACCGCCCCUCGGCCCCGGCGCGGUCCCUUUAAGGGCGGGGCGCGGCCCAGGUGAGGGCGGGCCGCCGGUCGGAGCCGCGCCCCCGGAGCCGCGUCGGGAGCGCGGGCGGGCCUCGCGGGGCCGCGGACGCUCCUUCUCGCCGGGCCGCCGCCUCUUCCGGCCGCUCACCUGGGCCCCGGCCGGCGCCAGGAUGAAGGACCGGCUGGAGCAGCUGAAGGCCAAGCAGCUGACGCAGGAUGACGAUACCGAUGAGGUCGAGAUCGCUGUUGACAACACAGCUUUCAUGGACGAGUUCUUCUCCGAGAUCGAGGAGACCCGUGUCAACAUUGACAAGAUCUCUGAGCACGUGGAGGAAGCGAAGAGGCUCUACAGUGUCAUCCUGUCUGCGCCCAUCCCCGAGCCAAAAACCAAGGAUGACCUGGAGCAGCUCACGACCGAGAUCAAGAAGAGGGCCAACAAUGUCCGGAACAAACUGAAGAGCAUGGAGAGGCACAUUGAGGAAGACGAGGUGCAGUCGUCGGCAGACCUUCGGAUUCGGAAAUCCCAGCACUCCGUCCUGUCCCGGAAGUUUGUGGAGGUGAUGACCAAGUACAACGAGGCCCAGGUGGACUUUCGUGAGCGCAGCAAAGGGCGGAUCCAGCGGCAACUCGAGAUCACUGGCAAAAAGACCACCGACGAGGAGCUGGAGGAGAUGCUGGAGAGUGGGAACCCUGCCAUCUUCACCUCUGGGAUCAUCGACUCUCAGAUUUCCAAGCAAGCCCUCAGUGAGAUUGAGGGCCGGCACAAGGACAUCGUGAGGCUGGAGAGCAGCAUCAAGGAGCUUCACGACAUGUUCAUGGACAUCGCCAUGUUGGUGGAGAACCAGGGGGAGAUGUUAGAUAACAUAGAGCUGAAUGUCAUGCACACGGUGGACCAUGUGGAGAAGGCUCGGGAGGAGACCAAAAGAGCCGUCAAGUACCAGAGUCAGGCCCGGAAGAAGAAGAUCAUGAUCAUGAUCUGCUGUGUUAUCCUUGCGAUCAUCUUAGCUUCUACUAUUGGGGGCAUAUUUGCCUGAAAAGAACCAAACAGGUGAGCCAUCUCUGGGGGCCGGCGGUGGGGAGGGGGUCAGGCUUGUUUUCACCUGAGAUGCUUGUGUCCUGAAGGCUUGUCACCCCGUGCCUUAAUCUGCGUGGGACUGGGUGCUGGAGUAAUGGUUGGAGAAAACUGAGAAACAGGGACAUGAGUGAAGAGGGAGCUGGUAGAGCAUGGGUGGACGAGGAGGCAGAAAGAGGCGGUCUGUCCUGUAAGCAGGUCUGGCAGCAGAGGGUUUUGUUGGGAAUCCUUUGCCUAAGGGUGUUGGCUUCCUGUAGCGAAGGCCCUUAGUGAAGGCCCUCCCACAGUGAGGGCUCUCCCGCAGCGAAGGCUCUCCUGUAGAGAAGGCUUUGGCACAUGGGAACGGUGGAGAACAAAUUCGUUAAUGACUAGAAGCACCCUGAAACGCUGGAAGAGGGCCACAGGGUGAACCCAGAGUAAGUAACGUUCUUCCCUUCCGAGGUCAGGAAGGUUUUGCAGCCCUGAGUCAUCCUUCAUGCCUGUAUACGGGAGUGGUGCCCCUGGCCGCGGCCACCCUGCCGUGUGAUCUAUGAUCUCCCUCCGUUUCUGUCGUCCCUUCAGCCCUCACAGAUGGACCCUCACCUGCUUUCUCAGUCCUUCUUCCACCUCUGUGGGGCCGCCGCAGACUCCUCCUGAGUUCUUCUUUCCAUUGUGAAACCUCGUAUGACACAGGACCUCAACCACCUCCCCCAAAGUGAUGCAAAGGGAGACUUACGAGAAUAUGGCCUUGGGCGGCAGGCAGGGCGACUGGGCGGGGAGUAUGGCACUUUGUGGCGGGUUAGGAAGGCGGUUCACGGAGGAGAAUGCAUAGCAAGGAGACCGGUUAGGAAAUGGGACUCAGAGCUGGAGUCCCCUGACGUCAGCUGUUGGGGGCAGGACUUCAGCGCAGGGGGUCAUCAGAUCUGGGCGCUGCUGCUUCUGCACUUCCGGUUCCCACCUUUGACCCACCCUGCAUCCCUGUCCUUCUUCAGAGCCUCCGUCUCUGAGGCGAUUGUCCAGUGAUAGACCCUGAGCAUGGCUCCUCACUGCUGUGUCCACAGUGCUUAGCACAGCACCUGCCAUUUACAGCUGCUGUCUGUCCACUUUACUAUGCUGAUUUCUGCUAUGGACAAAUCCUUGGAUUUGAUUCUUCAACACUUUAAGGCAUCAGUGGGAAAUGAUCUAUAUCACAAGUCUAUAAAAAUACCCCGGAGUGGAUUGAUCCACUUACACAAAAGUACAGGAGCGCCCCCUCACCCCCCAUUUCCACAACAUACACUUUCAAGUCCUUUAUCUACGGGAGGUGGGGAUAGGAGAGUCGUCAAUAGCCUGUUACUUUGCGGAGAUGGCGUGCCCCAGGACUGUGGUUCUGUAAUUAAAUGUGGACCCUGAAAGAAACAGGUUCAUGCUGUGACUGAAAGCCCCACAGUCAUCGCCACCACUGCUCCGUGAGCCCUAACAGAGGUGACGAUGUUAGGUCAGAAGGCCAAACGCACCCGUCACCAUUCCUUCUGAUUCAUGCUGCCAGCUGAAACGGGCAGCACUGGCCAGCGACGCGUGUACAACAAGCUGUUCCCAACACUGUCCUCUGUUCAAGGUUCGGGUGUGUUCUAACGCAACUCAGCGAUUAGUUAUUGUACAAGAGAUUCACUAAAAAUACAUUAAAAAUCACAGUAGGCGAUUCUUGAGGGCCACUCAACUGCUUAGAUGAGUCUGUACUUUGGAAAGUAAACUAUUCUGCCAUCAAGUCUAACUUUUUAAGAAAGUGGGGUGAAAAAAUGGACACUUUAGUCAGUGUGCCGUUUUCUGCCCACUUUCAAAGCAAAUGGUUUAAUCUCUCUAUCAAUCUGUAUCUCCUUUGGUUUGCAUACAGGAUAGCAACCACUGCUAGCUAGCUCUGAAAAACAGAUGAUGAACUUUGUUCAAGGCAAAUACAGAGCUGGGACCGUGGGCCUUUGAGUGACCCAGCCCUUGCUCAUUCAGCAGUAGGGAUCUACCAGGCGGCCCCUGCACUGUGCUAGGACCUGUAGGGACACAGACGCAGAGCCAAACACCCUCCAUCCUCAGAGGGUUUCCCGCCUAGCAAAGACCACAGCAUUCAGCUUUUCUAUCAGUUCCUUUCACUAAAAGGCAAGGGCAUGUCUCUUGCCACACUGUCCAACAUCCCCGCUUCCGUGACUGAGAGGAGAUGGGUAGCUGGGCAUAAAUAAAUAUGCUGUCAAUUA